AUGUCAAAAGGGUGGGUGGAGGGAAUUCCCUAUUUUGUGAAGUUUGCAGGGCUGCUGUUGGCAUCGUCAGCUAGUUUGUACCUGGGAUACUUAGUUGCUGAUCUUGUACCCAGAGAGACGGUAGCGAGAUCUCUUGCUAAUCUUCAAGACAUUGGAAAGAAACCAGUGUUGAGGGCCCCAGUCCCAAAAAGGCAGAAGUGUGAUCACUGGUCUCCCUGCCCACCUGGGAGCUAUGCCUAUCGGAUUCUUAGUGGUGUUGGCAGAGAAAAGCCGCCUAAAAUUUGUUUUGAGGAUGAGCUACUCAUAAGCAGAGAGAAGGGUAAUGCUGGAAGAGGUAUAAAUAUUGCCAUUGUGAAUUAUAAAACAGGAAAAGUUACAUCAACGAAACAUUUUGACAUGUGGGAAGGAGACCACUCAAGAGAGAUGAUGACUUUCAUUAAAAAAGCACCAGAAGGAUCCCUUCUUUUGAUGACAACUUACUAUGAUGGAAGCGUCAGGCUAAAGAAUGACACCAAAAAAUUAGUGAAAGAGCUGGGAAGUAAAGAAAUAUGGAACAUGAAGUUCAGGUCAAGCUGGGCUUUUAUAGCUGCCAAAGGCUUCAAGCUGCCAGAUAAUAUCCAAAAAGAAAAGAUAAAUCACUCUGACAAGAAAACCAACAGAUAUGAUGGCUGGCCAGCUGAAAUCCAAAUAGAAGGCUGUAUCCCAAGAAACCUUAUCUAA